ACUCAUCACUCAGCCAGGAAAGCCCAAUCACGUAUUAUUGAAAAAUGACACCAAAUUUUACGCACGCCGCCCCUCCAGUGCGCGCAGACAGAAAACGAGGUAGUGAGUCGGUCGGUCUCUGGCCUCGCAGGGGGAACUCUGAGAGAGAAAUAGCCCAUCAGUCUAUCUCGGACCGCUGCACUGACGGGUCCUCCUCCCCUCCUCUCCCUCGCAGCCCUGGGACAGAUACACUCGCACACACACGCUUGCUCUUUCUCGCUCGCCCGCCCUGCACAUGCGACGGGCUUACUCUCCGUCGCGUGUGUGUGUAUUUAAGUAUCGCCGGGGUGGGAGCGGAAGAGGCACAUCCGUGGUUUUUGUCGCCCCGGAACACUCACACUACAAGUCAUCGGAGUAAAAACCACGCUGAGUGAGCCGCGCAGAAGGACAGGCGGCGGGAAAACAUUGCGACGACGACGAGGAAGAAGUAGAAGAAAAAGGAGUUGUGUGAAAGGAAACAGUCAGCGGGGAAGAAAAGAAGGAAAGGAAAAAGAAGGAGAUAUAGUGUAAAAAAAAGAAAAGAAAAGAAAACAGAGACACCAGGAUAUAUUACGAAGAAGAAGAAGAAGAAGAAGGAAAAGGAGAAGUAUUGUAAAAAAAAAGUCACGGGGAAAUAUUACGAAGUAGCAGAUGUAAUAUAAAAAAAAGUCUCUGCAAAAAUAAUACGAAGAAGAAGAAGAAGUAAAAGAAGCAGCAGAAAAAGUAGUCUAAAAAGAAAGAGUUGCUGGGAAAUAUUACGAAGAAGAAAAAGAAGUUUGAGAAGAAGUAAUACAAAAAGAAACAGGAUCGCGAAAAAUUUGAAGAAGAAAGAUCGAGAGAGGAAGGAGAGAGAGAUUGACACGUUAAAGGAAGCAGGAAUCUAAAGGAAUGAAAAACGAAUAGAAGGAGGAAGGAUAGAUUGACACGUAAAGGAAACGAGAAUCCUGGAGUGAAAAAGGAAAGAUAGAUAGAGAGGGAUGAAGGAGUGACUGAGAAAAUUUGUUGUGGUUAAAAAUACCUGAAGAAAAUUAAUGAAAGUGGUGAAAGAAAUAUAUAAAAGGAAGGAAAGUGACUCGGGACACUUAAGAAAAUACAAUAGCAUACAAACGGGAAAAUCUUUAAUAAAACAGUAUCUCUAACUAUUUUAAGGUUACUUUAUUUAAGAUUCUGCUCAAAAAGUAAAAAGAAAAAGAUCACUAUUUGUCAUAACUUAGUAGUGAUAAAUUCGAUAAAGAAAGAGAAAGAGAAAUCAAGGAAAGAAAAGAUAAAAGAACAGAAAGCUACUAAUUACUGUAAGUGAUUAGUAAAAAAAAGAAGAAACAAACAAACAAACAAACAAACAAACGUAUCUUUUGAGUGUUAUAUAAAAAAAAACAUUUUAUUGAGUGGUGUAGAUAUACAUAACACAAAAAAAUAAAUGAAAUAAUAAGAAAACAAAAUAAACGAGUAACGUCUAUUAAUAAGAAAAAAAAAAAACUCAUUUACAAAAUAUUACCAAACCCAGUGACGUAAAAAAAAAAAAACAACGAAACAAAAAUCGUGACAUCAGCGCAUAGGAACAACAAGCAUCAGUGACGUCACGAGGAGGUUAGUGACGUCAAGGGGAGACUCAUGACGUCACCACAGCACCUGCAGGACACCCAGUAGAGGAAGAAGGAAGAGGAGGAAUGUUCUACGUGGAUCUGAAGGAGGCGCAGCAGGAGGAGGAGGAGGAGGAUGAAGAGACUCUUGAGGAAGACACGAGUCCUACCCCACCUGAAGGCCACAGGUGCAUGCAGGGACUCCUCUGUGCCUCUGCGUGGCGUGCAGGCAACGGCUCUCUACGUCUUCUGAAUUGUGACAUUAAACGUAGUGGUGAUGACGCGAGCUGAUGGGGCGGUGACAGGGGGGAUGCUGAGGAGGAGGUGAAGGAGGGGGCCAGGAUGGGUGCUGUGUCGCGGCUGCAGGAGUGAACAGCGGCGAGGUGGUGGAAGGCAAGAGAGAAGACAGCACCAGCAGCGAUAGCAAGAAGAAAAAAGUGAAGCCAAUCCUGAAGGUGCGUGAUGACACGAGCGGUGACAAGCGGGUGGCGCAAGAGGAAGACGGCGGGGAGUGGGCGUGCAUAGCCAGGCAGCGCAGCAACAGCAUACAGGAACGGCGGGGCCAACGUGCCGGGGAGUGCCACGCCCUCAGGCUGCCCGUGGCCAGGUCCCAGUCUUCCCACGCGUUGGUGGCACGGGCCACUGACGGCAGCCAGGUCGCCACCAUGAGCGAGCCGUCCUCCAGCCAGUCUAGCCCCCGCAGCCCCGCCCUCAAGGUGCUGAGCAAGGUGUUCAGCUUCAAGGAGCGCCGCUCCCCGCCCUGGUCCCCCAAGUCCCUCCGAAAGACGCAGUCCCAGAUUUCCAACAAGACCUCCCCCUCCAGCCUCGACAAGAGGAGGAGCUUCCAGCUGUCACCCUCGUCGCCUGACAUGCUGGAGGCCAAAUGGUUCCCCGACACCGCGGCGGCAUCCCCACGCGGCAGCGGCAGUCCCCGCGCCCCCUCCAGCCCCCGCCCCCCUCCAGCCCUCGAACCCCCCGCAGCCCUGGCAGCCCCCACAGCCCCCUCGCCACCCACGCUCAUCCGCAGCAGCGCUCACAGUUCUUCAUGUCCCUGGCAAAAACAAGUCCCAACGGCGACACUCCGGCCAUGACGCCCGGCGCCCCGGAGACCGGCGGCGUGAUCUACCGGCCACACGCCUGCCUGAGGGCGGCCAAGGCCGGCAGGCACCACUGGCGCACCAAGUCUGACACCUUUUCGCUGAACCCCCCGAAGGUGGAGGUGUCCAGGAAGAGGAGCAGGGAUGACUCCGAGUGUGACUCUCUGCCCUUCGAUGAAAGGGAUGUGAAAAGUAAAAGAAGAAAAAAAAACAUUGGAAAGAAGAAAAAAAAACAGACUUAGACACAAAACAUUGCAAAAGGAAAUAAAAAAAACGUACAAAUGAAAAAAAAAAGGCAGACAAAACAAUGAAAAAAGUGAAUGCAAAUUUAUUUUCUUGUAUUGAAUAUCAAAAAGGUGUGUGAUGAAAGUGACUGAAAGACUUUUAUUUUUGCACUAGACUGUGAAAGAAACAUUGAUGUGCCGCGAAUAUUUAAGGAAACAACAAAUUCCAUACUAGACUGAGACGAAAGAAAAUAAAUCAUAAAAAAAUAAUAAUAAAAAAGAAACGUGAUAUUAAAAGAAACCAGAAAUUUUGUAUCAGAUAAAAAAAAAGUAUAAUAGUAAUUAGAACAUUUUUAUUGCCGUCCUAAGAAAAAUAAAGGCAAAACAAAUAAAAAAGACUUAUUUUUAUGUGAAAAGAGUCACUUGUUCUUCGUAGAAAUACAAUCUAAAACGAAGAAGAAAAAAAAAAAUAAAAAAAAACGAAAACAAACAAUAAAAGUAGAAGUGAAAGAGAACAACAAAAAAAAAAAAAAAAAAUUGACAAGGUGAGUUUUGAAAAGAAAGAAAGAAAGUGAGGAGGCAAACAAAACUAAACCAAAACGAAAAAGGACAAUGUAAAAAAAAAGAAACAAACAAACAAAUACCAAAAGAAACGAAAGGUAGGGAUGAAAGACAGAACACGAACAAAACAGGAGAAAAGCAAGACAAAUUAGAAAAAAAGAAAGUGACGAGAUAGAUGAAAGUGAAGAAGGAAAACAACAUUAAAAAAUCAAAAGACAAGAAAUAGAAAGAACGAAGGAAAAAAAACAAGUAAAAAAUAUAAAAGAAAAGAGUAACAAGGUCAAUAAGAAAGAAAGAAAGGAGACAGAGAAACACUGAGAAGGAAGGAAGAAAGAAAAGAAAAGAAGAAAGGAAGAAACGAAUAUACGAAAAAAAAAUCUUAUAUAAAGGAAAGGAAGUGAGAAGGAUGAGAAGUGACAAGGAAGAGAGGAAGACGGAAGAAGAGGAGGAGGGAGAAAGAAGGAGGAAGGCAAGCUUGAAGAAAACGGAGUGACAGACGAAAAGGAAACGAGUAAAGUAGAUUAGAGGAGGAAAGAAGUGAAGAAUUGAACAACUGAAGGAAGGAAGGAAAGACGGAAAGAAGGAAGAAAGAAGAAGUCAAAGUGGGAAUGUAAGUUAAUUAAGGCGAAGGAGAUAAAGGAGACAACCUAACGAAGGAGGGAAAUAAUUAAGUGAAGGAAGGAAGACGGAAAAUUUAAUGAGGAAAGGACUCGUAAAUAAGAAACAAAAAAGGAAAAUAAGAAAUAAGUUGUGAAAUUUGUGACUAAGUGGAAGUGAGUGGCUGGAGAAAGAAAGGGAGAAAAAAUAAAAAAAAAAAGAAAAAGAAGAAAAUGAAAUAAGUGCAGGACAACAAUGAAUAAGUGACAUAACGAAAGGAACUGAAAAAAAAAGAGAGAGAGAAUAAAGGAAUAGAAGAAAAGGAGAGAGAGAAAAAAGUUAUCGAAGCAGUGAAAUAAGUAAAUGUAUAAGAAAUAAACAAAAGAAAAGUAAUAAAACAAACAAACAAACAAAACAAGAAAACAAACCUGAAGAAAGAAAAGAAAAAGAAAGAAAGAAAGAGAGAGGGAGUGAAGGAAAACAAUGAACGAACAAAAGUGAGUGAAGACAGGAGAGGAAGAAAGAAAGGAAGGGAGGAAAGAAGGAAGGAAGAAAGGAAGGAAGGAAGGAAGGAAGGAAGGAAGGAAGGAAAUGAAUGCUCUCUCUCCACACCUGACUGAGAUUAAAGAGUAACACAAGACAGACACCUUUCUCUCUCUCUCUCUCUCUCUCUCUCUCUCUCUCUCUCUCUCUCUCUCUCUCUCUCUCUCUCUCUCUCUCUCUCUCUCUCUCUCUCUCUCUCUCUCUCUCUCUCUCUCUCUCUCUCCGUCUAUCUAUCUAUUGUCUAUUUUCUACCUAUCUAUAAUCUAUCUCAAUCUCUAACUUAAAUUUUCACUGAUACCGACUAUUCCAGAAAUUCCAGUCCUUCAUUCCAGUCCCCUUUCUUUUAACCUUCCAGUACUGUUAAUUUCAUUCCUGAGAUUCCAGUCCUUCAUUCCAGUCCCCUUUUAAUCUUCCAGUGGUGUUGGUAUCAUUCCAGCAAUUCCAUUCCUUCAUUCCAGUUCCCUUUUCCUUUAAUCUUCCAGCCAUUCCAGUCCUUUAUUCCAUCUCCCUCCUUCUAACUGUUAGUCUUCCUUCCAGUCCUUCAAUAGACACACGGAAGUUGAGGAUACGGAGUGUGGAGAUGCGGUUUAUCUCGUUCUAGUCCUCCUCUGGUUGUGUUGUGCUCAGGUGAAGUGGUUUGCUUGAGGGAAGAGGCUGAAGAAGUGAGUGGUGUGUAUAUACUUUUUUUUAUUUACCUUCCUGCGGCCUUCAUUCUUUUCAGCCAUCAUCUGUGCAUCUUAAUUCUGAGAGACAAUUAAAGCUGGGAAGAAAACAAGAUCCGUGAAGUGCAUUUUGUGGUUUUCUUUGUUUUUUUUUUUCCUUCACUCGUCCAUUUGCAGGAAAGUAAAUAAAUAAAUAAGCAAGACGAAAUAUAUAUAUACGCUUCGUGCUCUUGUUCUUUAUCUUUGUUCGUUCAGUUAAAAGGGAGUGAGUGUUUAAAGAAAAGUGAGGAAGAAAAUAUUUAAGUUCCAUGUUUGAUUUUCUUUCAUUUCCUCAUUUGGGGAGGACGUAAAUAAGGAAGAGAAAUUACAUAUAAGAUCCUCCUGUUCCUGAUCUUUAUUCGUUCAGUUAGAGAAAAGUGAGAAAGGAAAAAAAAAUACUUGCGUCCGAUUAUUUAGUUUUCCUUCACACCCUCAUUUGGAGAAGAAAACAUAGAGAAAAUAUUAUACGCUUCCUGUUCUUUUUUUUUUUUCUGAUUCGUGGAUUUCCCUCGUCGUUCAGUGAGAGGGAGAGAGUGAGAAAAGGAAAACGACUCAGAAACGGGAAAAAAAGGUACGAAAAAAGAAGCAAGAAAAAAAAAAACA